AUUUUGCAGAUAUUUCAUAAAUGAAGAUCUAACCAGAGUCAAAAUUAUUGAAAGAGGCAAAGAUACAGACAAUGUUGAAACCAAAUGUACUUUAGUACUGACCCCCGUGCUGACUCAGAAUUUUGCAGAAAGAAAAGAAGAAGAGAGCUUUCCAGCAAAUGGUCAUAUUCUGGGAGGAAUUUAGUCACGGUGUCUAACCAAUACCCUGUUGCGUCGGGAAUAGAUUUCUGGAAACAGACCAGACCAGCCCGAUAUUUUGUGGCUGGUGAAAUUAAGGGGUGUAAGGAGUGCAUUUCACCCCUCUAAAAUUCGUUGGAGUAAAGAUUCGGGCACAUCGCAAUCGCAGCCUUGGCAUCUACCGCAAUCGCCUGCAUCUGCAUAGUCGCCAAAAUCAUUAUGGCGAGGGACUUGAUCGAGGCGUACCACAACCCUGUCGAGAUUAAGCCUGCCCUGAUGUCACUGGGGACCAUAUUCUUCGCCUCCGGAAACCACCCUGUCCUGUUGUCCAUAAAACACGACAUGAAGGAACAGGACAAGUUCUCCAAAUCCGUAUACAUCGCUUACACAUUGGUUCUUUGUAUGUAUUUACCAGUCGCCGUGGCGGGGUACGUAGUCUUGGGCAGCGGGGUAGACGACAACGUUAUAGCCUCCCUGUACAAGGUUGCCAAUGGACCACUUCUCUACGUCGCACAGAUUCUUCUAACUUUGCACAUACUCUUUGAGUUCGUUAUCGUCAUCAACCCAGUGCUACAGGAAAUUAAUGGAGCGCUGAAAGUACCACAAAAAAUUGGCAUCAAGAGAAUCGUAAUACGAACACUCUUUACGUGUGCGAUCUUGUUCGUGGCCGAGACCAUCCCAAAGUUUGGUAACCUGCUGAGUCUGGUUGGAGGAACCACCACUGCCCUCCUGUCCUUCUUCUUCCCCGUUUUCUUCUAGGGGGUUGAAGUUCAGCCCACAAAAACUGAGAUUUUAGAAAUAUUUGGUAUGUCGAGUAAAACCCAUUUUAUCUGAU